CGAACAGGUACUUGUUUACAUUUUCCGUUGGUUUAACUUGUUAUGGAUAAUGUUUGCAAUAUAAAGGAUUGUCCAUCUACAGGCAAUGGUGGGGCAGAUGUUGAAACACAGAGUAAAUGUCUCCUGGCAACCAGUCAACUCAGUAAUGGUGACCUAGCAACCAUUUCAGAGCAACAUUCCAGGGAAAACAUGGCUGAAGAAAGUAAUGGAUGUCAAGAAGUUGACCAUAUUAUAGAAAAACUUAACAGUAAAGAAAAUAUUGCUGGAGCUGAUCUUGUUAAUCUGGUCCUGUCCAAGUCAUGUAAGCAAACAAACAAUACAGAAAUAACAACAGAAAGUGAAGAUAAUUUAGUGGCAGAUAAACCAGAUCAUUUAGGGGCAGAUAAACCAGAUCAUUUAGGGGCAGAUAAACCUGAUCAUUUAGGGGCAGUUAAACCAAUGGAAAAUAAUGUAAUUUCACAAGUGAAGACCUUUAUAACUGAAUCAGACCAACCAGAUAAAGUCAGGGCAAACUCAGAAAUGCAUACAGAUAGCUCUAAAUUGUCUAAUGGAUGUCUCAAAGAAAUUGAUGUUGAUGAAACCAAAGUUCCAGUGUCGGAAGAUACUGUAAAUUGUGAUCAAGAACAAAUUGAAUGCAAUAACAGUUCUGAGUUUAACAGGGUAGAAAUAAAGGAACCAGAUAAAGCCGUUGUUGAAUCCAAUAUAGAAGUUAAUGAUAAGGAAACUGAAGUGAAUGAUACAAAGAACAAUGCAGAUAUGAAUAACUUAACUAAUACUGAAGACACAGGUACAACUAAAGAAACAGAGGAAGUGCUUAGUGAGAAAAAUAUUGUAGAUAAUGUAGAUGCUUUACAUGAAGAACAUGUUAGUAUAAAUAAUGAGAUACCUUUACAAGAAAAUUCUAUGUUAAAACCAGAUGAAAAAAUUAAAGAAGUUGAAGAACAUGUAGAAAACAUUAUACCUGAUAAGACAAAGGAAGCAAGUACCAUUGAUCCACCCUCUGUUAUCAUAGAAAAUAUAACUGAAACUAGUCCGGAGAAUUGUGAAAUAAAUAGAGAAGAAGAACCUAUGGAUAUUGAAAUCCAAAAAUCUGACAACUUAUGUGAGGUUGUUCAAACAGAGGAUGUUGUCAAGGAGGAGUUGAAUGAAGCCAAAACCUGUGAUAGCAAUGGAAGUAAGGAAGAAACUGAUUGUGAAAAAUCAGAUUCAGUUGAAACAGAUUCAGUUAAAACUAGUAGUCAAUGUGAUAAUGAUGAAAAAAAGGUUGAGAUUGUUCCGGUUAAUGAUCCAAAACCCUCUACAAAUGAAAAUACUUUGCUACCAAGGAGCCCUAGUAAGUUAUACGCAAAGGGACAAAAACUAGACCAGCUUCUUACCAAAAUAACAAACAAGGCGGUUGAAACAGAUAGCACUAAACCAAAACCUAUAGCUCAGAAACAUGCAAAGGCUCGGAAAUCUUGUGGUGGAUCAAACACUCAAAUACCUCUGGCCCAUGUCAGCAAACCUACUCUCACAUCUCUAACAUUCAACGUGAAGGAACUAGAGAAGACCGGGGUGCUAGACAUGCCAAAACCAUCGAAAAGGAAGGCCUUUGAACCAAUAAAGAUACCAUCACCAGAUUUUAAAGCCAAAAAUCAGGUGAGUUCACCUGUGCAUACUCCAGUAAAGUCACCUGUAAACUCUGAAAGUCAAUUUAUAAAGAAGAGAUUAAAAGGUGUUAGAAAAAAGAAAGGGCGCAGACUUGGGGGCUAUAAGUUGCCAGGAGAGAAAAAAUACAAGAAGAGAGAGUCAGAGGAAAGACAAACAGGAAAAAGUAAAAAAGAGAAAGAAGAAAAAAGUGACACUAAGAAUGAUAAAAUAUGUUCUGAGGCAAAAACUAAUACAGAUAUAUGUGUGGCUUAUAGUUCAAAUGUUCAAGCUGACUUGUCAAAAGAAACCAAAUCAGACACUAUAGAUAACCAUAAACAGUUAAAACCUGACACAAAUUCAAUGAAAAAUGGUGACACCAUUUUAGUGCCAAAUAAUUUAUUGGAAAAUCCCCAGCAAAUGAAUGCUCUUGAAAUGCUCACAAAGAACGCCAAGAGAUCGUUUGCAAGUGCCAGCUCUACAAAGAAGGCAAAGAAAACUGUAAGACAGGGGAUAGAUCCACUCACCCAUCGAACACUGGACUCGUUUCUGAGGGCAGGCAGCCAUUCACAGCUUGUCACUAGUGGCAGAAAGAUUGUAGAUAAAGCACGGCCAGACAAGAGUGAAGGAGUGGAAAUGGGGGACUCUCAUAUCAGUGAGCACCAGAGAAAACGAAAGGCCUCAGGACCCAUGAAGGUAGUACAGCAUGUGGACAUGGACACAGCUAUUAUAACACCCGAGGAGAAAAAACAGAGGUUAGAUGGUAACCAACCCAGACCCUUGGCAUCUCCAGUGCAGACAAUGGCCAGGUCCUCACCUGCCGUGACCUCGCCCCGCUCCCCACAGCUGCUCACCACCCUAAAGACCAUGCCAACAUCUGUGUCCACCACGGCUCAGAGAGGGGCGCCUGUAUUUACAUUGCUGACCUCCAGCCCACCUCGCUCUGCCCAGACCUCAGGGGGAGGGACACAAUCCACCCUGAUAUUAGCCGCAGGGUCCAAAUCACCCUCCCAGACCAUUCUUCAAAGAGGGAUGCUGAAUGGGCUCCCCAUGUUUCAGAUUGUUAGCAAUCAGACUAUUGUUUCAUCAUCAGCGCAGGGGCAGGCGCAGUAUGUGACUCUAGCUCAAUCUCAAACCAAAUCAGAGCUCACAUCAUCUUCCAAAAUGUCAUUACCCAGUGCGGUUCCUGUGCUAUUUACCCCUGUGCAAUUCUCGACUGCUGUGACUAGUGUAGUCAACACAGCUGGUGCUAAACCAAUCACAACCAGUCUUUUGACUUCAAUUCCCUCAACCUACAUGCCCCCAAACAAUUUCAUGGUGUCUAGUUCAGUUUCACAUUCCAAUAUUCAGAAAGACCACAGUGUUUUAAAACAGAAACUUAAGUCUAAGAUAGAGUACAGGAUGCCGAAUGGCCAGUUUCUGGAUGCCCGGCACCCUCAUGGAGCUGACCACCGAGGGGUUCCAAAUGGAUUAUAUCCUGUCACACCUCCACGAACCCCACCAGAACAGAAGUCACACUCGGAUGAACAGAGAUCAGAGACCGAGUCACAGGGGGAAAUAGAGAGCUCUGCGAGUGGUUCUGCCACGUCGGAUAAGGAUGUGGUCCCACUGUGUACAUGCAAGAUCAGUGGCACGAGCUUCCAGAAGAUGGCUUCCAAUGUCACCUUCUGUCAAGCCCUCGACUCUGUUGAUGGAAAGGUGCUGGGUUGCUGUAACAAGGUGACCAACCCCCAGUUGGUCCGACCGGCUGUGAAGAUUCCGUUCCUGGCCGUGUGUGAACACCACAGGAAGAGGCUGCGCUCCCACCAGUGUUGUCCUGGCUGUGGACACUUCUGUACACAGGGCCGGUUCCUACAGUGUACACGUGAGAACAGUACAUUUGUCCAUCACUUCCAUGAGGCCUGCCAGGUAUCCCGGGGUGAUGGGAAGAACCUGUGCCCCCACUGUGGGGAGGCGUCGUCCCAGUAUGAGGUCAGCCUCACCCUCCCUGAGGGCGCCAAGUCAGCCGUGCCCAAGCAGAGCAAGACAAGCAAAUACAAGAUGAAGGCUCGUAUAGGUCUGGCUGACCGACGGAGUGCAAGUGUUGAGAAGGAGGCUAUGGAGGAGACCGCUGUAUCCGUCAUCCUGGACAAAACCAAGAAAACGAUCUCUACAAAUGAUCUCCCACUGGGCCCGGACAGAUACUCCCUGGAGCGUGUGCUGUCUACACUCGGUGUGGAGAGGCCGAAGAAGUAUCGUCACCUGCCCAAGUGUCUGUACACUCCCGCAUAUGAUAAUGACCUGGAGAAGGUUGUCUACAUGCUUGAGGACGGUCAUGACCCACGGGAAAGUUAUGAUGAUCUGGAAGGUCAGAGUGCCCUACACGCCGCUGCAGCUGUUGGAAGUCUCCCCAUCGUACAUGUUCUCAUACAGGCUGGAGCAUCCCCUCAUGUCCAGGACAUCUACCUGAAGACCCCACUCAUGUUUGCCGCUGAAAGCAACCACAUAGACGUCACCUACUACCUGAUCAAGGCUAAUGCUACAGUAGAUGCUAAGGCUGACGAUGGAAUGACAGCCCUGCACCUGGCAGCAAAGGCUGGCCACCUGAAUGUGAUCAACAUUCUCCUCGACACGGAUCGUAUCCCGAUUGACACUCGGGAUGACGGGGGCUGGACGCCUCUAAUCUGGGCUGCUGAACACAUGGAGAUGGAGGCUGUCAAGCUUCUGCUCAAGAGGAAGGCUGACCCCAACCUGAGGGACACUGAAGAGAAUACUACAAUGCACUGGGCUGCAUUCUCAGGUAGCGUGUCCAUAGCUGAGCAGCUUCUGUCAGCUGGCUGUGAUCUGGACAGCCUCAACAUGCAUGGGGACAGGCCACUGCAUAUAGCGGCUCGUCAAGAUCACUAUGAGUGUGUUGUUCUGUUCCUGGCGCGAGGGGCAGAUGUGGAGGCGAAAAACAACAAAGGAGAAAGUCCACUAGAGUGUUGUAUGGAUCAGACGUCCCCAGUGUACACGGCUCUCAAGGUGAAUAAACAGCUCAAGAGUUUUGGGGCAAAGCACAUGGGAAGACCAGAGAAACUGCUCCACAGAGACCUGUCCAAAGGUCGUGAGAACAUUCCAAUCCCUUGUGUGAACGGUGUUGACGACAGUGGCAUCCCAACGGACUACCUGUAUGUAACUGACAACAUUGAGACCAUGUGUCUGCAGGUUAACAGGGUUAUCGGGAGUCUACAGACCUGCCAGUGUAAGGACGACUGCUCCUCUAUCUACUGUGCAUGCGGCAAGAACAGCCUCCGAUGUUGGUAUGAUAAGUAUGGUCGACUGGCAGCAGAUUUCAACAUGCAGGAACCACCACUGCUGUUUGAGUGUAAUCGCGCUUGUGAGUGCUGGACCACGUGUAACAACAGGGUUGUACAGAAUGGAGUCAUGUCCCGUUUACAGGUGUUCAAAACAGCAGGUCGAGGUUGGGGCUGUAAAACACUUGUGGACAUUCCGAGGGGCACAUUCAUAUGCGAGUAUAUAGGAGAGCACAUAUCAGACUCUGAAGCAGACAGGAGGGAAGACGACUCAUACUUGUUCGACUUAGAUAAUAAGGAUGGUGAGACAUACUGUAUUGACGCACGGAGGUACGGGAACGUUGCCCGCUUCAUUAACCACCUGUGUGAGCCGAACCUGGUCCCGGUGAAGGUGUUUGUCGACUCCCAGGAUCUCCGCUUUCCUCGCAUCUGUUUGUUUGCCUCCCGUGACAUCAAAGCACAAGAAGAACUUGGGUUUGACUACGGGGAGAAGUUCUGGAUCAUCAAGUGGAAGCAGUUCACGUGCACUUGUGGCUCCGAGAAGUGCCGCUAUUCCAACGACACAAUACAGAAAACCCUCACAGAAUACAGACAGAAGCACGAGCUAGACGACCCCAUAGACUGAACACACAACUCCAUAGAUUGGACACCAACCCAAUAGACUGAACACACAGUGCUUAAUGUAUGGAAUGUGGACUACAUGUGUGAAACAUAGACUGAAUACACGACCCCAUAGACUCUUAUUGAUGGAAUUAAGACUGAACAUAUGUUGCUUAAUGCCUUGAAUGUGGACUAAAUGUGUGGAAUAUGAACUAAACACAUAUCUUAAGUUUGAGGAGUUUACAGCUUGUUACAUCCACUUGGAAAAUGGACUUAAUCCAUUUGGUCUACUUUUUCUUGCGCAUCUGACAGGCAUUUCCAGUGAGUAUGUGUUAGCUGUGCUGUAAAAUUCUGUCAGGCAACCCCUAUGCCAGAUGAGUCAUGUGACAUUUCUUUUACAGUAUGAGUUAUGAUGAUUGCAUUUUGUUAUUUCAAUAAAGCGUAAUUGAAUAUAUACUUAUACAAGGUUUUUACUUAAUUGUAAAUAAAUAAUCGUCCAAAAUGUGAUUUUUAGAGGAACUUCGUGACCUCAACAUUGAUCUAUAAUUACAAAGCGCCAUGGUGCCAGAGAACAAUGUUUUUAGUUAUUUGUACAAAAAUGUGAUUUCUAUAUUAAUAUUUUUAGAAAUGGAUAAUUUAAGAUAUGCAAGGAAAAAAAUCAAAUAAUGAUUCAUGUAUGGAUAGAAAAAUCUGACCAUUUGGCACACUGCUUGGUUGUUGUUAUAUAUCCAGACCAAACACACAAGAUAGAUAUUAUUUAGUGUAUAAUGUGACCUCAAUCACAUCCUAUUCUUUAACUUUGGCCAGCUCCCCUGGCUUCGUGGCAUCUAUUUAGACUCAUAUGGGGGAAAUACCGUAAAAGAACUCCCUCAUCUGAAACUAGCAGGGUUCAUACUCAACCUUAUCUGUAAGUCACCAGUUAUUCUAUAUUUGUAGUUACAUUCCUUUAAAUUACACAAAUAUAGAUGCAUACAAGCCUUAUUUUUUCAGUAAAAAAGGAGUUGCAUUUUUAAUUAAUAAAAUAAAGAAGACUUACAUGUAGAUUGAAUAUUCUUUCAUGAACAGGUUUGUAUUUAAUAUGUGGAAAUAUCUACAACUGAGUGCUUUACAAUUUGUAUAUAUGUAUUUGUUUAUCAUAGGCAUAUAAUGCAUGCUUGAAUAAUUGUUGAAAAAUUAUUUUAUGAAAUAAAAAUUGUAUAUUUUAUGAAGUGUAAUAAUGAAUUAUGUAAUUAAAGUUGAAUAUUUACCAUUUGGGGGAUGGAGGAAAUCCCCCCCAUAUGGACAAAAUCCCCCGACUCAUUUUUGCCCAGUCCAACAAAAUCAACUCCAUAUGAUGCUCAACUUUUCUUGCCAUUUUUGAUGGUUAUUUACUGUAUAUGUUGUAGACGAUAUAUAUUAAAUGUUAUAACUCUUUACAACAAUUUUACCUACAAAUAAUGUAAGUAAUGGUUUAAAAUCAUGGGGGGAUUUUGUCUGUCUGAAAACAUGACUGAGGGGGAAUUUGCCCCACCCUUCUACCAUUUAUUUUGUUACGUCACGUGGCAUCAAUCAGGUGCUUGUAUGUCGAGUCAUUUUAAUUAAUUUAUAUACACAUGUAAUAAAUCAUUUUGUACAUUGUAUACUUACGUUAUUGGCUUAGUUUUUAACUUAAAAUUUGUACAUAUGUCAUGAGUUUCUAUUAUUAUUGGUAUAUGAAGUACUACAUGAAAUAUACAACUAGUAAAUAUAUAACUAGUACAUCAUUGUUUUGCAGUAAAAUGCAGUCCAUAAUUUACAUAGUCAUGUGUGUGAAAUUGUUAUGGAAAAAUUUGUCAAUUGUUAAUUCACCCACUAGACUUCAUAUGUAUUUGCAUGGGAUGAUCGAUUAUCGAUUGAUCCAGUUUCAGUAUAUUGGCAAUAUCAGCAAAUUGAUAGGCACUGCACAUUUGUUAACAUUUCUCAUGUUGGAUAAGUUUAAAUAGUCUGUACAUAUUGUCAAAUAAAUAUGCAAGCAUG